AUGGCACAUGAUGGAUUUGGUUUACAUCGGAAUACUUCAGAACUUUUUCGCAAUCAAAGGUUUUUGUUUACAUCUGAAUCAGUAAGUGAGGGUCAUCCGGACAAAAUGUGUGAUAUUAUCUCGGAUGCUGUUUUGGAUGCUCAUCUUGCUCAAGAUCCAAAUGCAAAAGUUGCUUGUGAAACGGUAACCAAAACGGGCAUGUUAAUGCUGUGUGGGGAAAUUACAUCUAAUGCAAAAGUUGAUUACUAUCAGAUCGUUAGGGACACAGUUCAACAAAUAGGAUUCGACGACAUCUCCAAGGGUCUUUUAUUCUUAGAAAUUGAUAGAGAACCAUUCACGAGUUUUGAUUAUAAAACAUGUAAUGUGCUAAUAGCACUAGAACAGCAAGCAUCGGAAAUAGCGGCUGGAGUGCACUUGAAUCGAAAAGAGGAAGAGAUUGGUGCUGGUGAUCAGGGACUUAUGUUUGGUUACGCGACAGAUGAGACGAAAGAACGUAUGCCAUUGUCUUUGUUGUUAGCUCAUAAGUUGUUAGCACGUUUACAUGAGCUGAGAAGAAGUGGUGUUCUUAAAUGGGCCUUACCUGAUUCGAAGUCACAGGUAACAGUAGAAUAUAGAUUUGAAUUUGGGGCAUGUAUACCGAUUCGAGUACAUACGGUCGUUAUAUCUGCUCAGCACAAAGUUACGACUUCUUUAGACAAAGUUCGCGCUGAUUUAAUUAACCACGUUAUUCGUGAUGUAAUUCCAGAGCAUUUGUUAGAUGCAGGGACCAAGUACUAUCUGAAUCCAUGUGGCACUUUUACUUGUGGUGGUCCUCAAAGUGAUGCUGGAUUGACUGGUCGUAAAAUCAUAGUGGACACAUAUGGCGGUUGGGGUGCUCACGGUGGAGGUGCCUUUUCUGGCAAAGAUCCAAGCAAGGUAGAUCGUUCCGCAGCAUAUGGUGCUCGGUGGGUUGCUAAAUCACUCGUAGAUGGCGGGGUUUGUAAGCGAUGUUUGAUUCAGGUAUCUUAUGCCAUUGGUAUCGCAGAACCACUCUCAAUAACAGUUGUAGAUUAUGGUACGAGUAAUCUGACAGAGGAUGAACUGCUAACUAUAGUGAAUGAUAAUUUUGACCUUCGGCCUGGGGUUAUCACUCGAGAACUGGAUUUAUUGAAACCGAUUUAUAAAGCCACUGCGAGUAAUGGACAUUUUGGAAAGCCACAGUUCGCAUGGGAGAAAUCGAAGAAGUUGAAAAUACGGCCGGAAAUACUUGUCAAGUUGCAAAAUUCGGAAUUGUCAAAUGGAGAUAUAAAGAGUAGUGGUCUGAGUAUUGCAUAA